ACACAACUCUUCUUCUUCUUCCUCUCUCUCAAUUCGUUUUCUCGCAAAUUCUCAGCAAUCUGCAGCUAACUUGAUGAUUGCUGGCUACUGAAUCUUGAGUUUGUUUCUGGAGUUUUGUCUCAAUUAUACCCAAAAACAUAAAGACUACUUUGAGGUAAUUUGAGUUCAGAUUCUUCUGAUACUCCAAUGCUAAGUUUCUCUAGAGCUAGAAGUCAAGGAAGAAACACAAGACCUCUUGGAGGAGGGAUGGAAUACUUAGAACCCAAAAGGAAGAGCAAUGUAAUGGGCAAGAUUAUCUUGGUAGUUUCUCUUACUGCUUUAUGCAUUAUUAUGCUCAAGCACGCACCGAGUUUCUCAUCACCAACCGCGUUUUCUCGCAGCGAGGAAGGCGUGACUCAUGUGUUAGUCACUGGUGGCGCUGGAUAUAUCGGAUCACAUGCUGCAUUGAGGCUCUUAAAGGAUUCAUACCGUGUAACCAUUGUGGACAAUCUUUCUCGCGGUAAUAUUGGCGCUGUCAAGGUUUUACAGGGAUUGUUCCCUGAAGCCGGGAGGCUUCAGUUUAUUUAUGCUGACUUAGGAGAUGCCAAAGCUGUCGAGAAAAUCUUCUCAGAGAACGCGUUUGAUGCUGUUAUGCAUUUUGCUGCAGUAGCAUAUGUUGGAGAGAGCACUCUAGAUCCUCUAAAGUAUUACCACAACAUCACAUCAAACACAUUAGUAGUUCUUGAAGCUGUGGCGAGACAUAAAGUGAAAAAGUUGAUAUAUUCAAGCACAUGUGCCACUUAUGGAGAACCUGACAAGAUGCCUAUUGUUGAAGUUACUCCACAGGUCCCGAUUAACCCUUAUGGAAAAGCUAAAAAGAUGGCUGAAGACAUGAUCCUGGAUUUCUCUAAAAACUCUGAUAUGGCAGUCAUGAUUCUAAGAUACUUUAACGUGAUCGGUUCAGACCCAGAAGGUAGACUAGGAGAAGCUCCAAAGCCCGAGCUACGUGAACACGGACGGAUUUCAGGUGCUUGUUUCGAUGCAGCUCGUGGCGUGAUUUCAGGCCUGCAGGUCAAAGGAACAGACUACAAAACAGGAGAUGGAACUUGUGUUCGUGACUACAUAGACGUUACUGACCUUGUAGAUGCUCACGUGAAGGCUUUAGAGAAAGCUAAGCCUAGAAAUGUCGGAAUCUACAAUGUAGGUACCGGAAAAGGAAGAUCGGUGAAGGAGUUUGUGGAAGCAUGUAAGAAAGCGACAGGAGUAGAUAUCAAAGUAGAUUUCUUGCCGCGAAGACCUGGAGAUUACGCAGAGGUUUACAGUGAUCCAGCAAAGAUUCUGAGAGAUCUUAAUUGGCUUAUUUUCUUGGCCCUAAUAGGGAUUUCUUUCAUUACUAUCGUUAAUGCUCAAGAUCAACAAGGAUUCAUCAGCUUAGAUUGUGGAAUGCCCCGUAACGAGUCUAGUUAUACCGACGAGUACACAGGUUUGAAUUUCUCAUCCGACGCUGAUUUCAUUAGCAGCGGAGAAAGUGGUACAAUCAAGACCGAGGAUCCUGGUUAUGGCGUGAAAUACAUAAAGCCAUAUAAGCAGCUUAGGUAUUUUCCGGAAGGAACACGAAACUGCUAUAAUCUGACUGUCAUGCAGGGCACACAUUAUCUUAUUAGAGCCGUGUUCUUAUAUGCAAAUUAUGAUGACCUUCAGAAAAAACCAAUAUUUGAUCUUCAUCUUGGCCCUAACUUCUGGGCAACUAUAAAUUUGCAAGAUAUGUUUGGUAAUAUAGAACGGAUUUCGUUGCAAGAUGGUACCAUAGAGGAGAUCAUCCACAUGCCAAAGUCAAACACUUUGGAUAUAUGUCUGGUUAAGACAGGAACAACGACGCCAUUCAUAUCAGCCUUGGAACUACGUCCCUUGAGAGAUGACACCUAUACUACUACAACCGGCUCUCUAAAGCUAAUCGCCCGCUCGUAUUUCAGCAAUUAUGACUUCUUCAGCAAUCCUGAAUCCAUCAUACGGUAUCCAGAUGAUGUCCAUGAUCGUUUAUGGGACGUAUACUUUAACGAUGAUGAAUGGAUAGCAAUAAACACCACCACUCCUGUAAAUACGACCGCUAAUGCCUUCGAUCUGCCACAAGCUAUAAUUUCAAAGGCUUCUAUACCCAAAGGUGCUGGUAAGUCAUGGAACAAUUUCUGGUUGAUGCAAAACACGGACGACGUUCACGUGUACCUUCACUUUGCCGAGAUCCAGGCCUUGAAGCCCAGUGAUAGCAGAGAGUUUAGUAUUUUGUGGAAUGAAAACACAAAAAUUAGUGAUGACUACAGUCCUCUAGAGUUCAUGGCUGACACUGUACCUAUCAGAACCUCUACUAAAUGCGAUGUUACUUGCUCCCUAGAUCUUACAAGAACUAAGUCGUCAACUCUUCCACCAUCUUGUAAUGCCAUAGAGGUUUUCGGGGUACUCCAGCUUCUUCAGUCCGAAACAGAUAAAAACGACGUCACUGCAUUGAAGAACAUUCAAGCCACUUAUAGAUUACAAAAAACGAGCUGGCAAGGAGAUCCAUGUGUACCUAUACAGUAUAUGUGGACUGGUCUAAACUGCAGCAACAUGUUUCCGUCUAUUCCACCAAGAAUUACUUCCUUAGAUUUUUCUAAUUUUGGAUUAAAUGGGACCAUAUCAAGUGAUAUACAAUAUCUUAACCAACUACAGAAAUUGGACCUGUCAAAUAACAACUUGACGGGAAAGGUGCCUGAAUUUCUCGCCAAACUGAAAUUGUUGACAGUCAUAAACUUGAGUGGGAACAAUCUUAGCGGCUCAAUUCCUCAAAGCCUUCGUAACAUGGACAAGAAUGGGCUUAUAACGUUGCUCAUUAAAGGAAAUGAAAACCUCUGUUUGGAUCCUUCAUGCGAUGGGAACAACAAAAAGAAAUUGCUAGUACCUAUUCUUGCAUCAGCUGCUUCUGUGGGAAUUAUUACAGCUGUGCUUCUUGUCAUCAUUCUCUUACUUAGAAAGAAGAAGCCAUCCAAAGCUUCACGCUCAUCAAUGGUGGCGAACAAGAGAAGCUUUACUUAUGAAGAGGUUGCGGUAAUUACAAAUAACUUUGAGAGAACUCUUGGCGAAGGAGGGUUUGGAGUCGUGUACCACGGUAAUUUAAAUGGUAACGAACAAGUGGCUGUUAAGGUGCUCUCUGAAUCCUCAGCUCAAGGUUAUAAGCAAUUUAAAGCUGAGGAGAAUGUGCUAGCUCCCCUUUGAGUUGGGAAAAUAGGCUAAGAAUUGCUGCAGAGACAGCACAAGGUUCGUUCUCAGUUUUAUUUUAAUAUGGUAAACAAUUCACUUCUCUUGGUGAGUUUGAUAUAAACCUUUUAUGAGUUG